AUGGAGGCGUCCAACUCCAGCAUUGAAAUCCUUGAGGUGGCCAGCGUUGACAGCAAUGAUGCUGCACUGGUCACGGCAAAGAAGGCCAAGUUCCAAGAUUUCGACAAGGCGAACCCUGGAGAUGUGCGGAGCCACCCCACGCUACGGCUCAAGGGUCAGCUGCGGGCCCGGGAGCUCGUGGAGCUCCGGAAGAUGGUGGAGGGGGACGAGAGGUUUGCCCUCCUGCUGGACCGCCACACCAAAGACGCGGUUCAAGAGCUCAUUGUCAACAAGAACUCUGCACCCGUCUUGGCGAUGCUCGCGGGACUGGUGUGGAGCAGCCUUUGCAUCGCCUGGGAGCUGGACACCUCGCACAUGCCAAAGGCUCGCAUGAAGAUGGAGGUAGAGCAGCUCAGGAUCAAGCUCCACAAGGUGGUCGAGGAUCUUAGCGACUCACGCGCCAAGUACCUCAAGGAGCUCACGGCACACCGGGACAAGCUGCGGCACUUUGAAAGCCUAGCAGUCGCCGAGGUGCGGCGCCUCAUUUGGGAGGAGGAGCCGGUCAUGUUCUACGAGCCGAUCCACUACCUGGACGAAACCACUCGGGAACAUGUGGCAGAGAUCACUGAAGAGAAGCUGAAGCUGCUGCUGAAACGGCUGCAGAUGUCCGUCCCGGAUGACGUGAAGACGCUCGUGGCGGAGGUGGAUCUCCCGCAGCGGUCGCGGUCGCGGCAGCGUGCCAAAACCACCGCCCUGGAGAAGCUGCAGGAGUUCCCCGACAUCGCAGAGGAAGCAGAGGAGCUCAAGGAGAAGGCCGUCUCCCUUGCGCGGCGGGAGCGCGAGGCCGACCAGAGGGAGGUCAGGCUCAAGAACCAGAUGGAGGAGAUGCGGGCUGCCAGGCGCAAAGCAGAAGGUGAGUUGACGACACGCUUGGAAGAGGAAGAGGCCCGGCACUCCAAGACGCAGAUGCUGGCUGCAGAGUUCAAGGCCCAGCACCUCCAGUCACAGGCUGAGCUGAGCUCCAUCGUCAAGACGCUGCGGCACGAGUGGCAGGAGCUCGCUGCAGGUGCUUCGGAGGCCCCAGAUUUGGACGCCUGUGCUCUGCUGACACAGUUCCUGCGGCUGCAGAGCCAGGUCUUGGAGCCCAAGAAGGGGUCAGGCGAGAAGGAGCUCAAAGAGGUGACCCGACUUCAAGGAGAGGUCGUGCAAGCGCAGCAGCUUCAGGCAAGAGCGGAGUGGCAGCUGAACCAGCUGCAGGCGGAGAAUCAGCAGCUUCAGGAGAAGGUACAGCAGCUCAAAGCACAGGCAGAGGCCGUCUCUGACUCUUGCCCGCACUGCGGCCGAAAGAAGGGAGAGGCGUCCGUGACACCUGUGAACAUCAGCUUCCAGGCAGAGCCCUCAGACCAAGAGGUGAAAGCCUCUGCUGAAGUGGACAAGGAGCCAGUCGCCCAUGGAGCACUAAGAGCAGAGCCCUCACACCAACAGGUGAAAGCCUCUGCUGAAGUGGACAAGGAGAGAGUGCUAUCAGUGCGUCUGCCGCAAAAGCACCCUCGGAGGUGA